UAUAUAUAGUGUUGUGUAUAUGUAUUACAGCAGAAUAAUUGCAGCUUUGAUUUGAAGGGUGCCAUGGACGAGGAACGAAGGAAAAGAACGAAAAGAACUACGUUGGAUCAACUUGAAGAGGGAAGAGUUUUCCCGGUAGUGGUGGAAACUAUAGAAAGCGCAGGCGACGAAGAGGGUGCUGAGACAAGUUCUUCUUCUGCUGCUGAUGAAGAUUUUGAAUAUAGCGAUGAUGAAUUUUUAUAUGGUUCCAUGAAUUCUGGAAUAGAUUUCUGGGAGGAUGAUAGCUAUUCUGACGGGGGAAUUGAAGAGGAUGAUGUUGAUCCAGACCAAUUAUCUUAUGAGGAGCUGAUAGCUCUUGGAGAGAUGGUGGGAGUGGAGAACAAAGGAUUAUCAGAAGAUGAAAUUAGUAAAUAUUUACGUCCACUUACAUGCAACUCUACUUCCACUUUGCUUAUUGAUAGGUGCGUGAUAUGUCAAGUGGAGUAUGAAGUGGGGGAGAAUCUAGUUAGCCUACAAUGUCAUCAUCUUUACCAUACGGAUUGUAUAUCCAAAUGGCUGCAAAUUAACAAGUUUGUUUUCGCAGAUUUGCCCGAUUUGUAACAACGAGGUCCGUACAGAAACUUCCCCGAAAGAUGCAUAGUAUUAGAUGGUGUGUGUUCAGAAAUAUAUGUAACAUGCUACAUGAUUUCAAAGAAAGUAUUAGCUCUUUCAUGUUGUACUUUUCGUUAUAAGAAGAAGAAGAAGAGGAGAAUUUACUCGUAUUUUCAAAAGAGAGCAAUGCCAAGCACAAUUAGAAAAUCA